AUGAUUGCCAUCAAUUGUGACGGUGUGCGUGAACUGUUGGAACUCAUGAAUUCAGCAGACUCUAAAGAGUCGCCGAACAUUCUCAUCAUAGAUUGUCGUUCAUUUUUCGCUCACAAUGAUUCUCACAUUAUCAAUUCAAUCAACGUCUUUUACCCUCCAUUUCUGCGCCGGCGUGGAAAGCCUUCCUUGGAAGUCAUCAUCAGCGAUGCAGAAAUUCGCGAUCGCCUAAUGAUGGCCGACAUUUACAGCGUCGUCCUCUACGACGAAAAAGACCUCACCAAGGAAUCAUUUGGCAUGUAUGUUGCCACAUGUUUGGAAGAUGCGGGAAUUAAGUGUGUCAGCCAUUUAGAAGGUGGGUUUACUGCUUUCAAAAAACAGUACCCAACGCUGUGUACCAACAACCUGCAGCAAAAUCCGCCGCAAGUGUUCAACAAGGCAAAGCGAUCCAGUGGCCAGUACAUUUACACUUGGCCAUUCAAGUCAAAGGCUUCCCUUCCCCACAAGCCACUGGCUCUAAGGAAUGACCCCAAUGUGACUGCCACUUUUGGGGUGGAAGACUCCGAAGAGCCAGCCGAACUGUUGCCAUACCUCUUUCUGGGCAGUGAAACUCAUGCAGCUUCAAAGAGCACCCUUCUCAAACUGGGCAUCACUGCAGUCCUCAAUGUAUCCCACAACUGUCCAAACUACUUUGAAGACUCAUUUGCCUACAAGCGAAUAGCCAUCAAAGAUUCAAAGUUAGAUGACAUCACCAUGGUGAUUAAUGAAGCGCUCGAUUAUAUCGGUAAGAUAUUUCCGCCUGCACUUGUUAUUACCAAUAGGGCUAUAUAUUGCUAUUAA